CCCCUUCCCCGUCUGAAAUCUUGUCCAAAGCAGUCUCUAUCAAGAUCCGAUACGCAGAGGCACUGUGGAAUGUGAUAAGGACACGUAAUGGGGGGUGGCUGGUCACGAGAUGUAACUACAAAAAAAGCUCUGUAAUAUGAUGAAGAUAGGUCCUGAAAUACUUACUGCAAACUGGAUGGGCCAGAAGAGUCCAAUGGAUAGAAGUCUGUGCAAAGCUGUCGUAGAGGGAGAUUCAGAGAAAGUGAGAGAGUUAGUAAAAAAUAAUCCUCACAUUCUCAAAACGGUUACUCCUUUGGGUAAUACAGCUCUCCACGUAGCAGCAGGUCGAAAGGAUUAUAAGCUAGUUGAAGUAUUGAUUUCCUUGAAACCUUGCAUGAUGUUAACAAGGAAUGCAAUGCAAGAGACGGCGCUACAUAAAGCGGCGGCGGCGGGAUGUUUGGAAAUUGUUGAGCUUUUUCUCAAUUUUACGAGCCAUGCACGCUGUAAUUGCUCUGAAUGCCAACAUGUGGAGGGCUUUGAUUUAGAAGCUGGAGGAUUAAAUCAUCAGGAUUUAUGCCGAUCUCGAAAUGCUGAUGAUCAAACGGCCCUGCAUUAUGCCGCAAGGGGUAAUUACGUGGAGAUUGUGAGUUUGUUGUUGAAGAAAGUGAUGGGUAUUGCAUUGAUUGUGAAUAAAGCUGGGGAAUCUGCACUGUUUAUAGCAUGUGAAGAGGGGUGUUUAAACGUAGUAGAGAGAUUGUUGGAGAAAGAUGUUCGUGUUUCUGAUACUAGAUUGGAUGGUCGGACUUGUCUUCACGUAGCCAUUAAUAUGGACUGCUCUGAAAUGGCGUUCCACUUGCUGCGAAUGAGACCUGCAUUGGCCAAAAAGGAGGACGCUUCAGGUAACACUCCAUUGCAUGGAGCGGCAAUAAUAGGUCAUGCAAAGCUUGUAGAGGAGUUAUUGAGAAUAAGCCCAGAUAUGGCUCUUCAGAAGAACCAGGAUGAGAUGGCUGCGAUUCAUAUCGCGGCUCUUAUGGGCUAUGAGAAGAUUGUGAGUUGCUUGAUCGACAAUGUACCUGAUUGUAUAGAAGUUCUUGGGAAGGACAAUAAGAAUGUCCUGCAUUUUGCUCUGGAAUAUGGUAAUGUUUCAGUGGCUAAUACUCUGCUGUUCAACUCCAUGGACCCGGCUUUUUUAAUCAAUCAUGCUGAUAAUGAUGGCAAGACGGCAUUUCACAAAGCAGCCAUUGAUCGGGAACUGGCUUCAAAGAUGCUAUCUCCAAUGGCAAAGAUAUCGACAUGGAAUCUGAAUGCAGUAGAUAUCAGCGGUCUUACAGCCCUAGAUGUGAUCGACAUCAAGACAACGUUCCCUCAAAAUUGGCUCUAUGGCUUACCAUUGAGAGGAAGAGGAGCCUACCAGAAGGCAUGGACAAAUUUUCUGCUUAAAACAUCUAAACCAUUGCUGGAAGAUGAACCAGAGAUAUUCCCAGAGGUGUACUGUGACGAUAAAAAAGGUGGUGUAGACAGUCUCUCAAUAAUUGCGACUCUCGUUUUCACAGUGACGUUUGCAGCAGCCUUCACAAUUCCAGGCGGAGUACGGAGCGACAACGGCGUUCCUGUACGGAUGCAUGCAAUUGCACUGCAAAUCUUUACGUUAUUCGAUUCGAUAGCUUUCUGCAGUUCAAUGCUCGCAUUGUUUACUUUGACAUUUAAAUCGAGGAAGAGGGAAGUUGUUGAUCUUCUCCUCUUUCGCAUUGUAUAUCAUAGAGGGGUAUUAUGUUUCUCUAUUGGUAGUAAGUGGAUAGGUUAUGAUGGAUUAGGUUUUGUGCAGCACGCAGUGGGUGCAACGAUACUUUCAUUCAUCACUGGUGUAUAUGUAAUGGUAGCACCCAAGUGUUUGUGGUUGGCACUUACAGUCUGUGCCAUGGGAGCCUUCACCUACUAUCUAUAUGGCCUCAUGUUAUUUACCUUUCGUCGACAUUUGAUUUCCUUAUAGGGAAAAGAUGCGUAAUUAAUAAUGAUUAAUUUAAUUUAUGAUUUGAAUUUUA